AUGGACACAGUGCCACCAUCCUAUCAGUCUGCUACAGCCCGCGAUGCAUGGUCCAUUAUAUCGCAGUACAUCCCAUCAAGCGACCUUUGCGCUGCUGCUUUGGUUUGUCGGCGAUGGCAUGGGCUGUUCAUGCCGUUUCUAUGGGGUGACCCUGCUUCACACUUUGGGACUGAAAAUGAUGCCGUCUACGUCGCUUUGACAAGGUUCAGGCGGACACUCAAGUAUGCCCGUCUCGAGGUGCGGAUGCUCACUCAUACGCUGCAUCUACCCCCGGCCUUGUCAGAAAUCUAUGGUGGUCCACGUCCAGAGUGGCUGAGGGAGAUUCUAGACUCUCUGCCAAACCUCCAGUCUCUCAUAGUAUCCAAGUUGCCUUUUUUCGAUCAUAAUGCCAUGAUGGCUCUGAAGGGCGCUAGUAGGGGUGUUGAAGAUGAAGCAACAACUUCCCGCACGUACAACAUUCGCUUACUACUGGCGGACAGUGAAUACAACACAACCUCACAGGGCAUUGCAGAGACGCUGAUGUACUUCCCUGAAUUGACCUACCUCGAUUUAUCCUAUACUACCCCUGCUAGAGAUCACUUGGUUCUGUCGGCUUUAUCACAACUAGAAUGCCUUCAAGUACUCAAGCUACGAGGCAUCGGGCUGAAAGAUAACGAUGCGGAGUUUCUUGCUAACGCCAUUGGCUAUCGUGUUCGGUUUCUUGACUUGCGCAACAAUCUUCUUACUGAUAUGGCUGUGAGGUCUCUGCUGCAAGCCUGCUUUCGACCCACAAGCAAUGUCACCGCAGAACUUAGCCCGAGAAGGUCUGGAGCAUGGGGCAGUCCGAUUGGCGGAUCUCAGUCAAUACCCCUCUCGUCGAUGCAAAGGUUUCUAAGUAGCCCUAUGCUGGAUGAGAAAUAUAUGGCAGCAUUGACCCAGCCACUAACAGGAAGUUCCUGGGUUGAAGACUUAUCAGAAGUUGGUAUAACCCAUCUUUAUAUCUCGGACAACCUCAUUUCAGUAGAAGGAGCAGCAAGCCUCCUCGCUUCGUCUUGUCUGCACGCUCUUGACGUCGGGACGGUCAAUACUGCUGAAUCCAUCAAUAGACGACAGCGUUCGCUAGCUUCUGCAAAUGAGGACCGUCAGGAUCUUCCAGGGGCUGAGAAACUAGUCCCUAUCUUGGGCUCUGCUGCUAAGAAAAACCUUACAUAUCUUAGAGCCCACCAUGCGCUCUGCUCCGCUGAAGUACCCGCAAAGGAUGCCACAUCACCCGACGCACUUUUGCCCGAACUCCCGGCAGGAAGUAAUCACGGUGAACCGCGUAUACCAGAGCUAGAGUCCACCAACGAGAUUCAUGAGCUACCAACGGAUUCCACGCCCAUUUAUGAGCUCGACGGCACUCCAUUACCUCGGCCAUCAAACCCGCCGUCACGCAUUGCUGACUGCAACACCAGUCCUACUUUGUAUGAAGACGAGCCAUUAUCUCAAUGGCGACGUGGUUCAGUCUUUGCACCUGAAGCAGUUGACGUUCCAGAUGUCAAUAGAGAGGGCGUGAGACAUUCUGGCUUCACCACUCCAUCGCCCCGACUGCCUCACGAAUUGUCGACCUCCAGUAUCUCCAGCAUCCUGGAUAGUAGUAUCGACACAUUAGGCAGCCAAACACUGUGUUCCUCUCCAGUGGCGAUAGAUGAUCCCCGCGCUCAGAAAGUCCAGGAACUGCUUUCUAGGCGUCCUAAGGGCCUUCCUCGCCGGAAUAGCAGAGGAAGUCACUAUUAUCCACAUCUGCAUCCUUCCCACAUGUCUCAUCUAGAACAGCUUGUAUUGACUGACGUUCCAUCUCAUGUACCCGCAAAGUCGCCGAUUCUUGCGUCAUUGAUCCGUUUUAUAACAGCCUGCUCGAACGAAUCAUUACUAGCUACGCUUCAGGCAGGAUCAGAUUACUCGCUUCCACCAGGUCAAGCUCGACUGCAAGCCGAACAAGAGAGUGCUCGAUCCUUAUUUGCCUUGCGCCGGAUUGUACUUGAAAUUACGCCAACAUCCCCAGCUCAGGGUCGCGCUAGGUUGACUCGAUGGAGACCUACCAGCUACCAGGCUGGUACCUUGAAAUCAAGUACUGGAGACCAGGACUCCGAAAACCUUUGGUCAGCAGCCGUUGAUGACUUCAGCUUCUUCGGCGAGGAAGAGUGUGGAGUUCCAGAUGGCUAUUCAGGAAAAUACUUUCCCAUGGCCGUUUUGAAUGAAAAGGUCUCGUUGAUACCAGAAGAUGAAGACCCCAGGCUCUCUGGACACCUGGAAUCAAACGCCACUUCAUCUCCAAAAUCAAUCAGUUCAGGUCAGCAAUUCACACCGCAAGCUAGAUCGAGGACUAUUUCGGUAGGCUCCGCAUUUACCGCAAGAGAUGGUCACCCGGAAGGUCCGUCGACUACUACAGCGGGCAUGAGAAGCUCUGCCAUCGCAGAAUCUCAAGUUGAAGUCCCGAUAGUAGAUCUUGUCGCCGAGCUGGCUGCCUUCCGACGCGCUAAAAAGAUAGAGUAUGAAGAAGGGGUAAGGCGCGAUCGAAAGCGACGGGAUACAGUGGGGACCAUAGGCUCCUCUCAUCUCUCUCCUUCCACUACAAUCUCCUCUUUUCAAACUCCUCCUUCCCCGAGCUUCUCUUCGUUAGCAGGGGCAUCAUCCUCUAUGCAAUCCAUGCAACAGUUUGUGGAAGGCCACUGGAAAGGAGAAGUGAAGAUAAUACGAAAUCCGACCCCCAAGGGACGCAGCGGCAUUGUUGAUAUGUAUGGGAACUAUUUCGAGAAGGGUUAUUUGUACCCUUGAGUCCGGGUAGACUGCUUAUAUUGAGAGAACAUGGCAAGUCUAGCAUAUUCUGAUCAACACAUGCAAUACAGGGCCAAAGGCAGUAGCUAAAGCAUUUACCCGAAUGGAAACAUUCAAUAUCGAUGUCUUCCAAAGAGGAAGAGAUGCGACUGCGUGGCUCCUUUGUCUGCGGGUCAAUAUCUGAUGUAUCUACAAUAUAUCCUGAGAGUCCCUUAAAACUUUUGAUGAUCC